AUGAACUGCUGGUCUGGAAGCUGUCUGAUGGAAAACUACACCUACAACAGCCUGACACUGCAGAUAGAAGGCUUCAGUGUCUCAGAGGAUUCUAUGUACACAGUUUUUUUCUUGUUCUUAACUUCUUACAUAUUUGUUAUGGGUAUAAAUAUUGGUAUUUCAGGUAUAAUUUUUAUUGACAAAAAUCUUAAACAGCCCAUGUAUCUCCUGUUUUGCAACCUGUCAGUUAGUGACAUAAUCGGAAGCACUCAUGUUGUUCCUCGUUUGCUUUCAGAUCUUCUGCUACCUCCCUCUGAGCGUCUCAUCAGUUAUUAUGAGUGUGUUGUUCAGGCAUAUACCACACAAUUGUUUGGUGCAACUUCUCACACUGUGCUCAUGAUUAUGGCCUUUGACAGAUAUGUUGCCAUCUGUAAUCCUCUGCACUAUGCUUCCAUAAUGACCAACAAAAUGGUGAUUAAGCUGACAGUUUCUGCCUGGGGGUUGGCCUUUGUUUUGGUUGGGAUUCUGCUCGGUCUGACCAUACGGCUGAGCACAUGUAGGACUUUGAUCACAAAUCCAUUCUGUGACAAUGCCUCACUGUUUAAGCUCUCCUGUGAGAGUGUGGUCAUUAAUAAUAUCUAUGGUCUCACCUUUACUGUGGUCCUGCUCACCUCCUCUAUAGGUACAAUGGUUCUCACCUAUAGUAAAAUUACAGUUGUUUGUCUGACCAGUAAGAGCAAGUCUUUGAACAGUAAAGCCUUGAAGACCUGCAGCACCCACCUGGUUGUUUAUUUGAUUAUGCUGUUCAGUGGAAUGCUUGUCAUUGGUUUGCAUCGCUUCCCUGAGUACUCAGAUCACAGAAAGCUCUGUGCUAUUCUCUUUGUCAUUGUCCCCGGCAGCCUCAACCCCAUCAUCUAUGGUGUGCAGUCCAAAGAGAUACGUAAAUUCUUAUAUGAAUUAUUUCAUUCCAGAAAAUGUUUGUCUUAA